GAUCCAUCCCGGAUGUCGGUCGUGAUCUUUCAUCUCACUUGGUUUUUUUCUCGAUUCAUUUUUUUUGUUUAGGUUUCCUUGAUUAAACGACAAGUAUGGGACCCUUCCGGUAGGACUAUGAUGUUAUUUCAAAACUUCUGGAGUUGCAUGAUCUACCCGGAGAAAAUAGUUUCUCCGAAAUUGCCUCCAGAGAUGAGGUCCGUUAUAUAGACGAAACACAUCCGUUAGCUGCCUCGGAGACCCCGCCAAUCACUGGUAGGCUACGUUACGUUUUAUUUAUUCGAUGAGAGAAGGAUUGCCACAAAGCUGUCUCAAAGUUCUACCUCUCAGGAACGGUGAGCUUUUCGUUCUGUUAUAUAGGCUACAUAUUGAGUCGCAGACGUCUUCAAUAUCUAAUUUCAAACAAGCCUCCGCGCUUCGUGCGUGCCUGAAGCUUUUCAUCGUUUUAACUUGAAGGUCCAACUUUUCUUGAGGAGCAAGUUGUUGACUUUGUGAAAUGCAGUUGUCGGAUGAGAAAUAGCUGAUGGCAGCACGUCCCGUUGGAACAAGCACGCGUGAAAUAGGGGUUGUUGCGUAAUACCGUGCGCAAACGUGAGCUGUAAUUUUUUGGUAAAACAUUUGGCCCAAAGAAACCGGACGGUUCAGUGUUUUGGACUCUGGAGUUUAACAUGAAUUAAACUUGGAUAAAAUACAAAGAAUGCAUUUGGGCGAAGUGAUUGAGCUCCGUGACCUUCGGCUGGACACAGACCCGAUAGAGCUGACCAGCCCAUGGGUUCGGUCACCUUCACGACUGGAGAGGACCAAUGCGCUUAGAAUCAGCCCAGGAAAGGUGCCAGAACUACUUAACCGAGCGGGCAUUAUCCGGAUUCUUGGUGAAUCCCAGGAUCCUCGGCUGAAGGAGGAGUUGGGUGAGGGGCACAACUUCCAGCCCUGCAGUCACGCUCAGCCCACUUGGUGUGACCUGUGCGGAGAUUUCAUUUGGGGACUUUACAAGCAGAGCCUGCGCUGUGCCAACUGUAGGUUCACGUGUCACCGACGCUGCCGCACCCACAUCCAGUUGGACUGCAGCUGGGACCAGGGGGGCACGCGGCGCUCGCCCACACUGUUGGAGCACACCAUAGAAGAAAACGACACAAAUGUGGAUGAACCGGUUGAAUCGAGGAAACAGGAAUGGUCCGUUGCAGAGAUUCAGCACAAGGUGAAGGAGUACAAUUCUCUGAUCCACAGCAACCUGUUCAUGAACACAAACCGAGAUGGUUCCUACACUGGCUUCGUGAAGGUGCAGUUCAAGCUGGCUCGCCCCGUCUCGGUCCCACCUCCCAGAAAGGGGCCUGCGAGACAGGAAGCCGGAGGGAAGAAAGCCACUGGAGUCAAGCGCCGCACAUCCUUCUACCUGCCCAAGGACACGUGCAAGCAUCUGCACAUCAGCUCCCACACGUCUGCCCGCGAAGUCAUCGAGGCUCUGCUGAAGAAGUUCACGGUGGUGGACAACCCUGCCAAGUUCGCCCUGUUUGAGCGCAGGGAACGUCACGAGCAAGUGUACCUCCGCAAGAUAUCGGACGACGAGCGUCCGCUCCGCCUGCGCCUGGCGACCGGACCUGACGAGAAGCUGCUCAGCUUCGUGCUGAAGGAGAACGAGACCGGAGAGGUCAAUUGGCACGCCUUCUCCAUGCCGGAGCUGAAGAACUUCCUGCGUAUCCUGCAACGAGAGGAGGAGGAGCACGUGAAGCAAAUCAUGCAGCGCUACACUUUAGCGAGGACCAGGCUGCAGGAGGCCCUGCCGGGUUCCAGCCCGGGAUGAGAGAGGCAUGUUGGGCCACGAGGCAUCCCUGGGAACCCGAACCUACGCAUCCCUCUGUAAGAGGAGAAUGAAUGAGAGCAUUGAGGCCGCAUAAGCUAGAGCUAGCGCGAAUGUGCGUGUGAAAUGCUGCGAGAGAGAGAGAAAGAAAAAGUGUCUUACACCCGGCGCAAGUCUGAUGUGCGUGUGAAAUGCUGAGAGAGAGAGAGAGAGAGAGAGUGUCUUACACCUGGCGCGAAUCUGAUGUGCCUGGGAGAAUGAGAGAUGAAAACAUGAGAAACUGUGACUGAAGUUUGGUUUUUAAACCAGUAAUGUCUUCCGAUAUUGGGUGCGGUCGGAUAAUCCAAAAUACCUACGCUCUGACUUAACUUUGUAUAGGAUGUCGCCGGUGGGAUUUCAUUUAAAUGGUAAAAUUCCCUGCGACCCUUUGUUGAUUCAGUGCUGUAAUUCCUUCAAAUGUGUAGUUCACAUCUAACAUUGAAAUGCAUUUUACCAGAUGUAUUCGAAAGAUGCAGCUGCUAUCAAAAGCAGGAAUAUAUUGAGUGGUUCUAUCAAUUUGCUUUCAUUUGACAAAUUGGCAGAUUUAGAACUCCAUUCAUGUUUCUGUGAAGCAAGGUACAGCUUGAGCUGAAAGGUAUAUGGAUUUUCACCUGACCCAAGCCAGUUUUUCAUUAAUUUCCGGCACACCACACACUUUAGUGGGUGAUACUUUUUACUGUCCCUUACUGAGUGAGUAUGACUGACAUGUGGACAUUGUUAUUGUGAAAAAGAAGUGUCAAAAAGGCUUUGUUUGACUGGAAUAUGUCUGAAUGUUUUAUAAAUGUUUGUCUGAAAAUUUGACGUGUCAAUCAGUUUUGUCCAAUAUAUAUAUUUCUAAGAAGCUCUACAAAAAUAGGUUCAUUGAGUUUAUCCCAUAUUUGUUCAGCUUUUAGUUCUCUCCUAGCUGAGUGUCAGGUGUCCCUGAGCAAGACACCUAACCCUAAUGCUUCCAACGAGCAGGCUGUCUCCUUGCAUGGUUGAUUCAGCCGUCGGUGUGAGUGCGUGUAUGAACCUUGGUAAGUCGCUUUGGAUAAAAGCGUCAGCUUAAUGCCCUGAAUCUAGAUGUAUAUGAAGACAUUGUUGAAAACUGCAUUAUUGUUAAAAAAUGUUUGGUUGAGGGACGUUACUUAAUGUAUAAUGACACGUGGGUCCUGAGGCUAGACCAGCUGAGAACCACUAAAUUACCAGUCAAUGCUUUCUCCAUGUCAUUGUAGGAACUGUAGUAGGCUGCCUCCUGCCGGCCCAGUCGCAGCUGUCAGAUAUCUGCCUUCUAGGUCACAUGACCCUUUCUGCUGGGAUAUCUAGAAGCCGUUUCCAGCUACUGGAACCCUAGCUUCCUUGUGCACCUAUAGCGUAGGCAAUGUAUUUUGAUGCUGGAUAAAGCAGGUUUGUAAACAAUCCGGUCCACAACACUCGCCCUGUAUCGCAGAGGAAAACGGCUCAGCCUGAACUGGAGACUAUGAAUCUUCGAUGAAGAUGGGAGGAAGUACGUCCAAAGCCAAAGGCGUCUGGCCUUUUUCAGGCUCAGGGGUUGGAGGUGAUUCAUCCAGUGAUGUUAGCGAACAGUCCGUGGCUCGACUCAAAGGCUCCAGAAGUGCCACACCUUUUGUAUUCACGAGGAGAAGUUCCUUGUACUUCGAUGAGGAUGGAGAUCUGGCACAUGAGUUCUAUGAAGAGACUGUUGUGACAAAAAAUGGCAGGAGGAAGUCCAAGCUGAAGAGAAUUCAGAAGAAUCUCAUUCCUCAGGGAGUUGUGAGGCUGGACCACCCCCGUAUUCAUGCAGACUUUCCUGUUAUUCUCUGUGAAGUGUGAGUCACAGCAGGUCUUUCCACCAUGUAGGAUACCCACAGACGUGCUAGUCUAUCUGCUGUUAUGAAUGCUUGUGAGGAGCCACUGGCCAGUUGUUUUGGCUGAAGUAUUUUCGUCAGACCACAGUUUUGGCUCUGCUAGGCAAGAAUGUGGACUUGCGAAGAUGGAACGAGGCCUAGCGAAUAUAAAAGUCAGCUGACAAAAAUGCAAUGUGAACGUAUACACUGCAAAAUGUGAAGGUAGUUGAGCAUGGUGACAUUCUCAAUUUUACAAAUCUGUUAACUUGCGUCUUUUUCUUUUUUUUUAAUGACCCAACACUUUGGCAACCAGUAUGCAAACAUCAAGUAAAGAUGUGCUUCACCUGUUAUACGUUUGCAACAUGAGAAUAUCGUAGAUGUGAAAAGGUUUUAACCUCUGUGUAAUGUAGCAAAGGGUGUUAGCGUGUGACUGUCUGUUAUGUGUACUUGUGUACAUAUAGGUUUGUGCGAGUGAAAGAAUGAGGGGUGAAAUUAUGAAGUUGUGCUAGGAAUAUGCGUUGUGAUAUUCUUUGUAUAUAAAGUCACAUCCUUGUAAUAUAUUGUCAUGUGUCACGUCUGUUGUUUGGGCUCAGACCUACACUAGUGAUAUGAUGUAAAUAAUUUAGAGUUUGGAAGACUUGAAUAAAUGCUUUACUCGGA